UAUCUAUAGACGCUAGCAACGCCAUCGGCGCAAAAGCAAGCAAACUCGACUGUGCGCAGGCAAGCGCCGCGUUCAGACGCGCCACCGGUCCUUCCAGACCGCUAACCGACGUUGCACGCGUCGCCGCCGCCGCCGCGCACCGCUGUGCCCCGCUUGACUCGAGCGAGGCAGCGCCAGCCGCCGCGGCACCGCAGACCAUGUUCCGCCAGCGCUCGUCCGGCGAGAUUCCCAUGCACCACUACGGCGGGCGACCAGCUAGGGCCUCCUUCCGCACGCCGCGUUUACCAAGUUGCGCGACGGGCGGGUCGUGGGCGUGGCUCGUCAUUUCACUGGCGGUGAUUGUGUGGGGCAUCCGCUUCCUCAGCCAGCCGACGGAUCUGAGACAUUUGAAGUGCCCCAGGGAUCGCGAGGAUUUGUGUGAGCUCGUAGUCCUCACGGAGGAUGAAGAUCGAGUGGUCCACACGUUCCCGGGCAAGGAUUUACUCAGGGCCGAGGCUAUCAGGGUAAGGAGGGGCCGGGCGGUGAACCCGAAGAACAUGCGGCGGAAGCAGGUGCGGAAGUUGGGCUACUCGUUUCAAUUAGUGGUGCGCCUGGACGACGACGGGCGCGAAGCGAGACACGUCAUGUCCUACGGGUCCGUCGGUAGGAGCGACUCAAAAUCACGUGUCUCCGAGAUCCAGGAGUACGUCACGAAUAGUGAUGUGAGCGGCCUGGACGUCUACGAGUCGUCGGGCGUGUCCGCGGUCGGCAUCCUGCUGGUCAUCUACGGCGCCUUCUCGCUCAUCUUCUGCCUCAUCCUGGGCCAGUUCUCGGAGCCGCCGCCGCCGCGGAAGCGGCGCUAGUUGUGU